CCCGCAUUACGCGAUGAUUUCAGACGUCCAGAAGGCCUGGGAGGCCUGCGACCGCAUUGACACUCUCUUUAUCCUUGUCUGUACUGUUUUUUGUUGGCCAAUCAUCCCUGCAGUUGGCCUUGGAUACUCGGGAUACUCGACUCGUCGCAGUGGUUUGGCAUCCUUUAUUCCUGCUGUGUUGACAGUUUGUGUUUGCUCGAUUCAAUGGUUCAUCAUUGGAUAUACUCUGGCUUAUGGUAAUGGAGCUGGAGUCAUUGGCGAUCUCAGCUAUGCAUUUCACCGUGGCGUUCUGGCAGAGCCGGUCGGAACUAUUCCCGCCAUCCUUUUCAGCGAGUUCCAGUUGGUAUUUGAAGCGACUGUUUGCGCUAUUGCCGUAGGAGGGGCCUGUGAACGAGGUCGUAUCCUCCCGUUGAUUCCAUUCAUAUUUCUAUGGGCCACCUUCAUAUACUGUCCCUUGGCACAUAUGGUCUGGGGAGGCGGCUGGUUGUCAGAACUGGGAGUUCUUGACUUUGCCGGUGGCACUCCUGUCCACAUCUGUAGCGGUGCAACAGCGAGUGCUCUCAGCCUGUAUCUGUCAUAUCCCAUCUUCAGGUCCAAGAAAUCCGAUAUUCGCACGCCAUCACACCUCAAAUUGCACCGGCCACAUAACUCCAUGUGUCAACUGCUGGCAAUGAUCAUAAUAUGGGGGUCUUGGUUAGCUUUCGAUGCCGGAACGACGCUCACGCUGACCUUCCAAUCUGUCAAUGCUCUCUGCGUGACAAACCUCUGCGCUUCAGCAGGUGCCAUCACCUGGGCUUCGAUCACUUACCUGGAGAGUGGGGUGUGGUCACUCGACUCUAUUUUCAUGGGUGCCAUCGCGGGCCUGGUCAUGAUUACACCCGCUGCUGGAUUCAUCGAUCUAACAACAUCCUUUUUCUUUGGGAUUGCCGGGGCCGUCAUUUGUCGACAGGCGCUCCGAAUCAAAUUCACCGAUUUCGCCCGACGUUGGAAGUGGGUUGACAAUGGAGAUACUUUUGCAACUCACUGUGUCGGGGGCUUUCUCGGCACCAUUGGCACUGGAUUGUUUGCACAAAAGGCUGUUGCAGCCUAUGGUGGUGUCGAAGUCGACGGUGGUGUAUUCUUUGAUGGCAAUAUUCGACAACUUGGAGUUCAGGUGGUCGAAGCCCUGAUCGGCUUUACAUGGUCCUUUGUUGGGUCCUUUGUCAUCAUUGCCUUGAUCGAUUGCGUUCCAGGACUUGAAGUUCUAGCGACUGAUAAGGAAGUGACAAUGGGCAUGGAUGCAUCCCAAAUGGACGAAAGUCUCUACGAAGCACAGUGGGCUGGUGAGGAAGACUACAAGCCAUUGGCCAACGGCAGCAUUGUUCUUGAUUGAGUUUUACCGCCGCGAUGAACGGCUUGCGAAUGGAUAGAAUGAAGGCUCUAAAGCAUUUCCUGAAGUGAGUGGAGAGUUCGUACACGCAUCUCUCAAGAUUGACGCAAAUCAAAGUGUUUUCAUAGAAUCGAGACAUGUAACUAGACAUAUUAGAGACGAGCAAUCCUACUUAGAAGUAAUAGCAAGGUUUAUUAACACGAGGUCGGAUAUUUUCG